AUCCUCUGACCUCCCAACAGUCUGUGCAAGAUGGCCGCCUGAGUGGAACAGUUCCUCUCCAGUUAAACUAAUCCAGCGGUGAGCUGCCUGGACUGCUUCAGCUGUCUGCUUAGAGGAUGACACGACGACACCGUCUGCUCCUGAUUUAAGUCUUAAGGAGAACAUAAGUGUGGAAGACAUGGAAUAAAACAGCACUGGAAUCGGAGGGGGUAAAGGGCCCUUUGUUGUAGCCCAGCAUGGACAGCUUCUUCAAAGCAGCUGUAUGUGAUCUGGACAAACUGCUUGAUGACUUUGAGCUCAAUACUGAGGAACUUGAGUGCAAACCUGUUUUCCUGAAACCCUCAGCAUACCCCUUCUCCUCACUGGGCCCUCAGUGUUUACCCUCAGAGGGUUCGUCCAUCCCACAGAGUCUCCCUGACCUGAACUCUCUUCAUUAUGGCUCUGCCACCAGCUGCCCCGACGGCUCCAGUAGUCACAACCGUGGAGCUGAUGACAGAGAGGUUAAAGGUCAGCCUCUCACCGGGGUUGACCUACUGUCAUCAGUGGACCGCAGGCCAGCAAAAAGCUCCGCCCCUCCCUUGCCGGACAGAGCUCUAAAGCCAGUGUGCGACCUUGUAAACGACACUAGUUCGGCCAUCCUGGUCAGAGCCAACAGCCACGAUGCUUUCAGCGAACUGGAUGUGGCGGAAAAGCAAAUGGAGGAGGAGGAGGCGCUGCUGGUGGACUUUGAGAGCCCUGUGGUGACAGAGGAGAAAGGUGGAGUAAGCCACAGUGGUGGCUGCAGAGAAAUCCAGGAGGAACGGGCCUCUGCAGGGAACGAUGUACAGCUGAGUUUGGACUCCCAGGAGCAGAGCGGUGGAUACUCUGCCUCACUCAGUCUGCUGGACGUCAUCCUUCCUGCAGCAGCGGAGAGAGGCUGCGAGCCCACCGAUGACUCACUAUCACCAACAAGUAGUGAGCCAGCUGGUAGAGAGGAGAGGGACAGUGAAAUAAUGGAGAACUCUUUAGACCACAAUGAACCAGAGCCAGUUAAUAGCACUCAAGAAACCUCAGUGAAUGAAGAGGACGAGCCGCAUGAAACCUCUGAAGCAGAGUCUGCUGCAGGAGCGUCGUGCAGUGAGCCAGUGGGCUUGUCAUGCCUGCCCAUAGCUGUGUCUAUGUGUGGAGCUCUGGUUAAUCCAAAGACCCCUGAAGAUGAAGUUGCAGAGCAGUGUGAUGAGCCGGAUGUCUCUGAAAGCACAGAAGCAGACUCUGUGUCAGCUUUGGAGGCCGGGAGAGACGGCUCACAUUUAGAGGAACCAGGUAACUCAUCUGUGCCUCAGCUGAUUGCAGAGGACAGGCUGUCUCCAGAGGGACAGCCUGUCUCUCCUGAACCUGCUGCAGCUGUUCCUCCUGCAGACCUUCCCUCUUCAGAACCCAGCCCGGUGGAUCCUCCUGAGUUUGGCUUUGAGUAUCUGCCUGAGAGUGACCAGGCUGAACUUCUGGUUACAGACGAGGAGUUGGAUGCUUUCCUGCAGGCUCACACUGAAGCAGAGCAGGGUGCAGGCAUUUCUUACUACAGCAGCUCUGGAGAUUUUACCCAACCUGAGUCUCUUUCAGAAUCAGAUGGGGCUCUGGAGGACAAGGUGGUGGAGCAGGAGCUGAGGAGCUGUGGUCAAGCAAGGCUGGAGGAGCCUUGUCCAGAAAGUGACAGAACGAUUUGUAUAUCUGUAGAGGGAAGCUUAAAUCCUGGUGCUCCGUCAGUAUCACAGGACUCUUGCCAAGAAGACUUAUCCGGGGUGAGCGAUUCUUUGACCAGCAACACUUUCCAGUCCCAGCACAGGAGUAGCCCUGAUCAACAGCCCUCCUAUGGAGGUGCCAGACCUAAACAGCUACACUGCCAAACUGCCAGAUCUCCACCAGCAGGAGAAGAAGGAGAGGAGCAGGCUCAGACACUCAGUGUUUCUACAACAGGAACAGAGGAUGAGGAGAGUACACCUGUUAGCCCCGGUGUAACAGAAGAGCCUACAAACUUUAGCCCCACAUAUGCCACUCAGGAGUACAGUGUGGGGUAUGAUGAACUCUCAGAGCCCCCACCUUACCCCGGGGAGUCUCCCACUGACGGUGCCAGGGCGGUGAACUGGAAGAGGGAAGGAGCGGAGGAGCUGGGGAGCAGACAGCCAGCGUGGGUGCCAGACUCUGAAGCUCCCAACUGCAUGAACUGUUACCAGAGGUUCACUUUUACCAAGAGACGGCAUCACUGUCGAGCCUGUGGGAAAGUUUACUGUGCUGUGUGCUGCAACAGAAAGUGUAAGCUGAAGUAUCUGGAGAAGGAGGCUCGUGUGUGUGUCGUCUGCUUUGAUACCAUACACAGGGCCCAGGCCCUGGAGCGGAUGAUGAGUCCUACGGGUCCCAGCCCAAACCCCAAUGUCCCCUCUGAGUACUGCAGCACCAUCCCCCCUCUGCAGCAGGCUCGAGCCGCCGGCACUCUAAACUCUCCACCGCCGACCGUCAUGGUGCCAGUGUCUGUUCUCAAACACCCAAACAACGACAGUUGCCCUCGUGAGCAGAAGCGCGUGUGGUUUGCUGAUGGCAUCUUGCCCAACGGAGAGGUGGCAGACACAACCAGACUGUCGGUGACGAGCCGCAGGAGCUCCCAGGAGUUCAGUGGUGUCACCGCAGACCCAACACCUGGCUCAGCAGGUCCAGAGGCUGGGGUCGGUGGUUCGUCUGCCCCUGAGGCACCUGAGUCUGUAGAAGUAGUCCGGCCUCCGGUGUCUGGACCUUGGGACUAUGCACUGCUCUCUGGGAUAGGUUCUUCAGUGAAGCGGGUUCCUAGUUUGCUGCCAGAUAAUGAGGAUGAGCUGCCUCCUUUGCUCAUCAUUACCGGGGAGGAUGAUGGAGGAGAUGUUUUGGUUGAGGAAAGCCCUGCCCCAUGCCAGAUUUUGCACUUACUAGAGGAGGGAGGACCUCGUCCUCUCACAUUCAUUCUGAACGCCAACCUCCUAAUCAACGUCAAACUGGUUACAAACUCCAGCAAGCAGUGCUGGUGCUUUGGAUCUAACGGACUACAGGCUCUAGGACAGAAAGAAGUGGUGUUUCUGUUGGAGUGUUUGCCAGAAGAAAAAACUCUGCCAAAAGACCUCUUCAACCUCUAUCUCAGCAUUUACCAAGACACCCAAAAAGGGAAGUUUUUGGAGGAGCUGGAUAACGUGACAUUCACGAGCAGUUUCUUGGGCAGUAAGGAUCACGCUGGCAUGCUCUUCUUCUCUUCCACCUGUCAGUCAUUGGAUGGACUCACUCUGCCUUCGCAGCCUUUCCUGUUCGGCCUGCUCAUCCAGAAACUGGAGGUUCCCUGGGCAAAAGUCUUUCCGCUCAGACUGCUUCUCCGGCUCGGAGCUGAAUACAGCGUUUAUCCCACGGCACUGAUAAGUGUGCGUUUUCGGGAGUCUGUGUAUCGAGAGACAGGACACACCAUUAUGAAUUUAUUGGCUGAUCUGAGGAACUAUCAGUACAGCCUGUCAGUCGUGGAGGGCCUGAGGAUCCACAUGGAGAUGGGCCACAGCUACAUCGACAUUCCCAAAAGUAGUUUUAAUGAGAUGCAGAAAGUGGUAAAUGCAUCCAACGAGCACGUCAUCAGCAUCGGAGCAAGUUUUAGCACGGAGGCCGACUCUCACCUGGUGUGUUUCCAGAAUGAGGAAGGAAAUUAUCAGACGCAGGCCAGCAGCAUGCCUGGAAAGACCCGCACAGUUACUGGGGCCAGUUUUGUGGUGUUCAAUGGAGCGCUGAAAGCCUCCUCAGGCUUCAUUGCAAAGUCCAGCAUUGUUGAAGAUGGGUUAAUGGUCCAGAUUCCUCCAGAGACAAUGGAGUCUCUGCGUUCAGCUCUGAGAGAGCAGACAGACUUCCACAUACCCUGUGGCAGGAAUGAUGGCGCGGAGCUCAGAGAGAACGUCACUGUCCGCUGGGUUGACUGGAAUUCACCUGUCAACACAGGUAAAACUAGUGGCGUCGACGGGAAACCUUUGGAUGGAGUCCACAGUGUGAGGAUGCAGCAGGACGCUGAGUUUGAGGCUGACGGUCGCUCCAUCAGAUGCACAGAGGUGUUCUACCAGCUGAAGUCUCCUGAUUGCAGCCUGGCGUCGGUGCUGUCGUCCUGCAGCGUGUUCCAGAAGGAGAUAGCAUUGGCAACCUGCAGUGCUCUGACACCUCAUCUCGCUGUUCUCACCUCCAGCGGCAUCAACUCGAUCUCGCUUCGCAUUUCCACACAGGCUGACAUGGUGGAGUACCAGGCUGGUUCUAGAGGCAGGCUGCUACCUCAGCGCUACAUGAACGAGAUGGACAGCGCUCUGAUCCCCGUCAUCCACGGAGGUAGUGCUAGCGUACCACAGACAGCCAUGGACAUGGAGUUCAUCUUCUACAUCACACACACCAUCUAAUGAAGACUAUGACACAUUCUGAACACACUGAACACAAGCAGUAGGAAGCUGCUGGUUGUGGCAGGACAUGUCGAAUUAAUGCAGCAGCUGCAGGAUGUGCGGCCAGUUGCAGACGUUCCCACUCUGAAGCGAGGGAUGUGAACUGAUUUGGUUUUCUCUUAAGAAACCGCUGAGUGUUUCAUGCUCACCAAAGCUGCUUUAAUACAAGAAGCCAAACACUAAACAAGGAAUACGACAACACGACCAAAUGCAACCAAACUGUUCAACCCGAUCUCCUCUGCUUUGCCUUCCAGGCUCCCUGCGGGUCUGCUCGGAGCUCCUCAGUGAAUGUUUCCCACGGACGCUCAAUUGAAACGUCUCAUUUGGAUGUAUUUAUUAUAAUUUACCAUGGGCUUAUUGAGUGAAAGCAAGGGAACGCAAAGAGGGGAUCAGGUGCUACUAUAUAGCCGCUUAACAUCCAUAGUUGGCCGGUAAAAUGUACACCCCGAGAUGGAAAGAAAUCUCAUCUCACUUUCUCUGAAGAUACUCGGCUCUCAUUUCGUACUGUGGUUUAGGAUGAUGCUGCACGAGCCUCAUGCAGGAAUCGUUUUCUACCUCCUUCAUUGACUUUUCAUCAAAUUUACUGAACUCUGCACAGCUUGUUGCUCAUCUUAACGUGACGCAUAUAAAGUUCAAACAUUUGAGCAUCUGACAGCCUUACAUUGCUUCCAUUUGGUUACCUGUUCUGUUUUGUUUGUAGGCCAGUUUGACUUAUAAAAAAUGCUGUGCGAAAGAGUGAAGAGUCCUGCUGUCAAAAAUCUAUGGGCAAAAAUAUAGCAGCAUUUGUGAUGUGGUAUCCAUAUAUGAUUUCCACACUUGAUACACUUGGCAUAGUGAUUGUGGCGCUGUCACAUUCACAGCAGUUAAAAAGUGGUUUAAAAAUUAGAGCAACAAGUAAUCAAUUACUUUCCCAGACUAUUUGAUAAUCAAUGUAUCCGUUUCAGUAAUUUUUCAGGGAAAAAUGAAGUGUAAAUUCUGUGAUCGCAGCUUCUUAAAUGUGAAUUUUUUUCUUAUUUCUUUCCUCUAUGACAGUAAACUGAAUAUAUUUUAGUUGUGGACAAAAGAAGACUAAUUUUUAAUGUAAUAAAUUAAUCUAGAAUUCUAUCAAAUUCUAACUCUAAGUUCUCCUUCUGACUGGUAUAUACUCAUAAACAAACCUGUUUGUGUUGUUUUUCCUGCAUGAGGCUUUGUGUGAGCUUUUGUCCAUUAGUCACUUCAUUCACAAAGGAUUUUGGUUAGAAGUGAACCAGACUGCUGUAUUUUCAGCCCUUGUGCGGUCUGGUUGACCGAGGUAACAUCUUGUCCUGAAACUUUACUUAAAACUAAAGCCUCGUUUAGACAAGAUUGAUGAUUAAAUCUGUGGAGGAAUGUGUGGACAUAAUGCAUCAUUCCUGUAGCUGACUACAACAGCACAUUGAGCCUACAGGUUCAACUCUCCCUAUGGAUUUCGUUUCUUUUUCUGCAUUGGUUCCAAAAUAGGCCUUAAUAGUGUUAAUGUUUGAUCGCAAAUGUUUUCAUCAACAUCUGAAUUCCUCUAUUUUUUUCAAAAUGUUUGCACUGAGCUGAUUAAAAUGCAGCAGAAGGGAUUUAUAUUUCAGGUGAAAUGGCAAAUUUGUUAAAAAUCAGGAUGUAACUUCAGCUGUAGUACGUAACAUUUAAGUCACCAACCAGGGCAGGUGGUAUUAAAGUCACCCAUUCUACCCUGGAGAGAGAAAUCCUGUCCGACUGGGGCAAAAGGCUCAUUUUCUGUAUCUUUGAUCUCUGCCACAAUGCUUGUGCUAAACACUCCUUUCAUUGCUGACCACUAUUUGACAGCUGUAACUCAAACACCAGUGAUUUCUCUCUCUCAGUGUUUCAGUCUCACUUUAAUCAGAUUUUGCACAGCCGAUGAGACAUUUUUCAAGUCAUCAGGUUUUGGUUUUUUUUUACAGUACAUUUUGGAAUAGAGUUGGACAAGAAGAUGGAUCCCAAUCUCAAGAAUCCACGAGAAUGUUAGCCUAGCUUAGCAUAAACACUUACAGCAGAGGGAGACAGCUCGCCUGAAUUUCUCUGACGCUAACAAAAUCAGCCUUUCAACCCUAUGAACUACAAGCAGUUAUUGAGCACUUUAUGCUCCUGUCACAUUUUUACUGACCGUGGGCUCAUUUUUCACUGCAAUAUAACACAACACAACCAUGGCUUUUGUGCAGUAUGACAGUAAGCCAUGAAUCAUGAAAAAUGAAAGAAAAGAAGUAAUUCUCUCCACUGAAUUACUUAUAUUUUUGUACGUACAACAAAAACAAAAUGUAUGUACAACAUUUUUCCAAGCACUCAGCUUUUACCAAUACAGGUAAAACAUAGUGAUUCCACAUACGUACUAUAGAUGCUUUUACUGCUUUUUUUUUUUUUUUUUAAUUUGUUUCGAUCUUUGUCUCUGCUCUGUGUAAACACAGCCUGCAGUUCAGCCAAAAAGUCCCCAAAUUUUUGUCAUAUGACUGUUGGUCAAUGGCAAUUUUAAAAGACGCUUGUAGAACAUUGUGAUUUUGAUUAAAUAUCUUGAUUUUCUGCUUAGAUUUGAAACGUGUUUGCCGACGGAAUUUCACGCCACAGAUUGACCAAAACAAUUCCUACUUUACGGUUUGUGGCUGUUAUAAAUGGUGUAAUUUAGAAAAACUGACAUGCCUUUCAAUCCCACUGGAAGAUUGUGUGGCUCAAAGAGUUAAAAAUUAAAAGGUUGUGACUUUCAGAAACACAGAACCUCUCGAAAAAGAUAUGAGUUAAUUUGAGGUACUGCAUUUUGUUACCUUUGGACAGAACCAGGCUAGCUGUCUUUAUGCUCAUCUAUGCUAACCACCGACUAACCCUGGAUUUAGCUGAAUAUUUAUUACAAAGAUGUGUAAGCCUUUUCAUCCAUAUCUUGGCAAGAAAGCAAAUAUUUCCCAGUUUGUCAAUUGAAGUAUUUUACUGCACAGGGAGCGCUUUAGACCGUGUUUCAGACUUAUUAAAUAUAUCUUCACAGAAGCUUUAAGACACCUUCGAAGCAUUAAAAAAGACUGAAGGUUUUCAGUGUGUUGGUGCAUCAAAGCCCUUCUUUUUCACCAAAUUUAAUGUCAGACAAAUCUGAACUGCCAAUCUCCUCAUUGUAAGUGCCGUGGUUAGAGGAAAGUUCAUAAAUACUGCUUAAAAUCAGAAAAUACCGCUGAAGAGAGGCUCUGCUCCGAUUAAACACAACCAGGUUAGCAUGCACUGUUUGAAGUGGCUUUGUGAAACCCCCAUCACCCGAGGUCAGGUCUCCAUUUUUAGGGCAAAACGCAGUCGCAUCUCAGCUUUCAGUCAGGAAUUUCUCAUUCUAAAUGUAUAAAAAGAUAUACUGUGUGCAUAGAGAUUGUAUCAAACCUUGUGUUUUCUGUUUGUUUUUUUAUAUUGAAGAAUUAUUUUUGGAACCAUUGGUAUAAAAGUUUAAAAUAAAAACUUCAGAAUAAUAUUUUUGAUAGAAAGUAGGCUACAUUAAUUUUGCAGUUUGUGUAACACAUAUUUGACGGGAACAAAAAACCCAAUGAAUUCCAGAAAUGAUGUGUCAUAAUGUGGAAAAUAUCAAAUCCCAAAAUGCAACUGAAGACCGAACGAAAGCAGUUGCACAGACCCCUCUGAGUUUCAACCUCUUCAGCAGCCAUUUACCAAGCAAACACAGCCCUGCAUGUUCUGUACUGUUGAGAUUUGAUAUUUAGUGCUCACAGCUAGGCGAUUUAACCUGACAAAACUAAAAUAUCUUCUUAGCAUCGUAAAAAACAGUUUUUCUGCCAUGUUGAUCUUCGUGUUUAGUUCUCAGUCGUUUAUGGAGGUGUACUUGCAGGGCUUUCCAUCACAGAAUUUGUCAAGUUGAUUUUCUACCAGCUGACUUUGCUAACCAGCAUGAGUUGAGUUUACUAAACACUGGAAGGGUCAACUGCCACAACUGACUGCAGAUUUUUAGCUGAUGGUGUGUCUGAUGGCGGACAUAUUUCAGCAACUGUUGGAUAGAUUGACAUAAAAUUUAAUUUAUUAUCCCCCAAGGUUCACUCCUAGUAACCCUGUCUCCUGGAAAUUAUGCUUACGUUCUAGAGCUAAACUGAUAAUGAAUUUUUUGAGGGGCCCGAUAUCAAAUUUUGAGUUAAAAACUCUGAUAUUGACAUUUGAAAUGUGUAUACAGGGUUUUUCUUGUUAGAAAAUGAAUCUGUUGCAUAAAUCGAUGCAUUUUCCUGUUAUUUCUGACCAUUUGAUAAACAACAAUGCCAUCUAUGCUAGAGAGUAAAAGAAACCCAAAUUAACCAAACUGACUCAAAAAUGUGUUCUUGUCAUUUUGACACUGGCUAAAAUACAAAUAAACCCCUGUGUAUACAUGAACAUUGUUAUAUUAUAAAGGAAAAGUGAUUGAGUUGUUUCCAGCAGCAUAUUUAACAAACUAGAUAGACCCCCCAGGAAUCUGCAGAGAAAAAGUGUUGAUUCUGCGGCUUGAAAGUUGAUUUUCCGCGGGCAUUACAAAAAUCUAAAAAAAAAAAAGCAAUAAUGAAGGAAGAAUUCUCUUAAGAAAUUAUUUGCAAUACCUGUUAAGAAGACUGGGGGGAACCUUUGGUUUGUUCAGUGUUUCUUGUCCUAAUUGAGCGCUGCACAUUGUGUUCGUUCUCUCUGUGUGCGAGUCUAUCCAGGACCGACCCAGCCAGUUAUAUCCAUGCGUUAUCUGACUUUAUACGUAAGUCACUUCACUUAAAUGUUCUGCAAUCAUUUAGUUAAGUGUUGCAAGUUUUAAGUUACUUGCUGUUGUUUGGAUGGAGUCUUCAUCGUUAAUUGGUUACAUGUGAGUAUGCUUCUCCGUGAAAACUACAUGUAAAAUGUAAUGUUCUGCACCUCGCCCUAUGUUCCGCGGACAGCUUUGAUUUCCACGGAGAGCUUUGAAAUCUGCGGAAUCACCGAUUCCUGGAGGGACCAACUAGAUGGCAACUUAUCGUGAAGAUGCUGUUUGACUUUGCGCCACCCUCUGCUCAGCUGUACUCUGCUACAUGUGCUGCAGACAGGUCUGAGAAUAUUCUAGACAGUGGACCCAGAGUGCCCUCUGCUGGACAACCUAUGUGACAGCACUCUUUCUAAUACAGAUACUCUUCUAGGUGGAUUAAAAAAGAAAUAAUUUUAUACACGCAACUAUUGUUUAGCAAAAUAUGUCUGUAUGCGCAAGAACAGCUACAAAUGCCUAACAGUUAUACUGGACCAGUCUACAUCAACAAUACAUUAAAUACCAGAGAAGAUCAUUCUGUCAUUUCAUCACUUCUGCAGACUUUAAAUUGUGAAUACAGACACACAGGGUUUUGUGUGUCAGUGAAAUGGUGCCGAAUUGUCAUGUUGUCAAUUUCUAACUGCUGAUGCUAACCGAAGGCAGCAUACACUACUGCUCAAAAGUUUGCAGCCACUUAGAAAUGUCCUUAUUUUUGAAAGAAAAGCAUUUUUUUUUUAAUGAAGACAACAUUAAAUGGAUCAUAAAUACAGUCUAGGUAUUGUUAAUGUGGUAAAUGACUUUUCUAGCUGGAAACAGCUGAUUUUUAAUGGAAUAUCUGCAUAGAGGUACAGAGGAACAUUUCCACUAACCAUCACUCCUGUGUUCUAAUGCUACAUUUUGUUAGCUAAUCAUGUUGAAAGUCUAAUUGAUGAUUAGAAAAGCCUUAUGCAAUUAUAUUAGCAUAUGAACAAAAAUGUGAGUUUUCAUGGAAAGCAUGAAAUUUUCUGCCUGACCCCAAACUUUUGAACGGUAGUGUACAUCUAUGCUGUGGUUGUUGUUUCAGGUAUAUGCUCAUUGCAUCAAGCUACCCUGGGUGGUUGAAAUUUAUAAUGUGACAUUAUCUGUUACCAAUUUCUCCAUUUUGCAUGUAGACUGGGUUACAUAUAAAUCUGCAAUAUUUCAGUCUGUGUGACUUAAAGUUUUUGCAUGUGGAUGAGAGGCCCAUAACUAGAGGAAUAAUAUCCAUAUUAUUAUGUAAAAUGCUGAAAUCACCAUAAGCAUUUUUCUCCGCUUUAUGCAUUUAUUUAUUUUUUAAAGUUUUCCUUUUGGCCCUGAUUGGACAGUAGGUAUGCUGAUGCUGAUUUGUCUGUAAUAUAACACCAGACAAUGAUAUUGGCUGAUCUUAGUCACACUUUAUUAUAUACAACUAAUAUGAAACAGAAAAUAUGAAAGAAAUGAAUACAUGUGCUUUUAUUAACAAAAUGAGCAAGAGGUUUCAGAGGACAUGUGGAAAACCUAAAAAAAAAUCUAUCCAAAAUGAGAGAAUUUGGUGAGGUUGAGGUUCACAAUGCUCUAUGAACAGAUAUGAAGCUGAAAUGCUUUGUUUGUGAGCUGCAAAGGCAAAUUUCUAUCAGUUUUAAGUUACUUUUUCCACCUCCUACACCAAGAAUAAAACCUGUUCUGACCAAAUUUAUAUGAUGCAGCACACGAUUGGAUUCAUUGCUGCUGGACGUUAUUGGUAUGCUGACCUGAGACCCUGCCUGACCCAUCAGACCGAGAAGAAUUUAGACAUCUGUAAUGAGGAAGUGUUUUAUUACAUAUCUGGCAACAUGUUGAUGCUGGAUUCUGCCAAAAGUUCCUCUCUUGAAAUACAUUGUCCACUUAUAGUGACUGCAGCUUUAUUAAGCUGUUUUAUAUUUAUGUUUCGAGUCUUGUAGCUGUUGGUUAGGAUUUUGCAACGAUUGCAGUUUUUGAUUUAAUGCUAAAAAAAUGAAUGUUUUUUUUCUGUUCGUCCAGAACCUUUAUCUUUCCCUGACUUCUGAAUGUGCAUUCUCUGUGGUGUUUUUUUGCACCUGCCAUCUACCCUGACCUCCUGUUAGACUGAAGCGGUUCGUAAUGUGUAACGUCUGGAGCAGCCUGGUAGCACGUCAUGCAUCUUUGUUGCCCCUUAUAUUUCCAGUCCAUUAUUUCAAUAUGCACUGUCCGAAAAAGGUCAAAUAUGCCCAAAAAAAUGUUUUGAAACUUAAAAAAAAUGGAAUUCCUAGGAGACGGGGCUAAACUUCCUCUGACUGUUCUUCCAGCAAUAUUUGAAUUUUUCCACACAGCACAGAAAAAAAAUCAAAACUCUUCUAAUGUCAGCUGACAGCGAUCCGUUCAUGUUUUCAGAGCACAUCUUCACUAAACUUUCCGCUUUCAUAAUAAUCCGUUGACUUUCUCUUCUCUGUCUGAGCCUGUAUCAGUGUCAGCUGUGGGUUAAAGAUUCCCUCAUUUAUUUGAGUGUUUUCCUGAGGAUGAAGCACGAAGCCUGUUUGAAGGAAGAAAUGUGACUUUUCAUUUUCAACACAGGAGGAACGUUGGUCAUGGUUCGCCUGCCGUGCAAAUAAGCUCCAAACUGCAGCCAGCAGUUUGUAGAAAAAGUAUUGAUCUCGACAAAGUACACACUGUUUUCAUUUUUGAACCUUGGAUCAUGGAAAAACUCUCUUUUCCGUUGUCACUAUCAGGGCGGUGAUAUUUUCUGAGGUAAAUUAUUGUGAUUAUAAUGAUGGAUUUUUCUUUCUAGAAGACAUCUUUCUGUCAACAUGCGAAACACUUUAAUGCUUUCUGAUUGUUUUUAAAGUGUUGUUUCUUGUAAAUCAUCUAUUUAUUCAUAACACCAGCUUUAUUUCCGUGACCCUGGGGUCCUGGGCCCUGACCAGUUUCUGAAUAGCAUCUGUAUUAAAAAAAUAAACAGACUUUUAUGGAAGAAA